AUCUUUUCAUAAUAUAAAGAACAGUCACAAUCACUAUUGACAAUUGCAAGGCCAAUUCAGUGAGCAUGAAGAGUGUACUUCUUGUAAUUGUAGCAAUACUUAUUUCUUCUUCUUCUUCAAAUUGCUCAUUGGCAAAAUCAGUGCCAAAACCAGCUAAUUGGCCACACCAAUUCCACUCAUUACUAUUUGUUAAUUACAGUGGAUCAUUAAGCUUAAUUGACCUUUGGUAUGAUUGGACUAAUGGACGCAAUUUCAAUAUCAUACAGGACCAGUUAGGUAAGCUUCUCUAUGAUCUUGAAUGGAACAACGGCACUGUAUUCCGCUACACUUUAGACGAUGAUAAGAAGGAGUGUAGUUCUUCGCUGAUUGAUGUUGGGGUUCUUCGACCUAAUUGGCUUGACGGAGCUACUUACCUUGGUCAGCAAUCAUUCGACGGAUUUCUCUGUAAUGUAUGGCAGAAGGUCGAUUUCAUUUGGUAUUAUGAAGACGUUGUCACCAAGAGACCUGUCCAUUGGGUUUUCUAUACUGGAAGGUCUAUUCACGUAAUGACUUUCGAAGUUGGUGCAGUUCUCGAGGAUACAAAAUGGCAGGCCCCUGUAUAUUGUUUUGAGAAAGAAAAGGUUAAAGAUCACCCUACAUCGGACAACACUAUUCUGGAAAUUGGCUCAAAUGGUAUUUUGAGAGAGUUCAUCUAACUGAGUAUGUGAAUAGCAAGAUGUAUUUAGUGAUGUAAAUGUAUUUGCCUCCCAGUUCCAUCUAUUUCAUCCCUUACUGUAUUGACAAUAAGAAGCUUGCUGAAAAGCAGUUAAUGCCAUCAAUGGUGUAUAUAAUAAUAACUUGUAUUGCUCCGA